CGGGCACGCACGCAAAACAUUGGUGAGGCAUCCCACCUUCGAUUCAAACUUUGAUCUUCACUCGCAAAUAAUUCAGACUCCAAUCGACUUCGAUUAUCAUCGCGCGGUAAUCGAGGAUGUCAUCAUCUUUUUCGCUCUCACGGCGGUCCGUCGCCCCAACCUAUACGACAACGCACGCUUACACCUUUUUGCCUGAGGGCAGCGUACGACUCCUUCGGCUUCUGCCAAGCCCUGACGCGAGGUCCCGAAUCGAAUGCGAGCUCCUCGCCUUUCCGGCGCUAGACUCGGAAGCAAGCCAUCCGUACGAGGCCCUAUCGUACGCCUGGGGUGAUGAAGAGGCGGCAGAUCCAAUCUAUAUCGACGGCAAGAAGUGGCGCGUCACGGCGAACCUGUACGCGGCCCUGUCGAGUCUUCGACACUGCUUUCUGGAAAGGGUUCUCUGGGUCGAUGCUAUCUGCAUCAAUCAGGACGACACGGCCGAGAAGAACCGGCAGGUUCAGUCCAUGGCAAAAAUCUAUUCCAAGGCGAGCCGCGUGAUUGUUUGGCUUGGAGAGGGAACAGACAAUGGUGCCGAAGCGCUUGAAGCAAUACGCAUGGCCGCCCACCGGUAUCAUCACACAAGCCCGGCUUGUGAACCAGAUCAACUGGCCAAGGCUGAAGAGGAGUCCACUAUUUCACUCCCGAACGAUACGGACCAGAAGGCCAUCCUGGACCUACUUCAACGGCCAUGGUUCCAGCGAGUUUGGGUUCUCCAAGAGGUCGCUGCUGGUCGAGAUGUCCUAUUCAAGUGUGGCCCUAAGGAGAUCGGGGGAUAUGCCUUCUGCCAUGGUAUCGACGUAUUGACGCCGUACUUAGGCUCCUCGCCCCUAAGUAAUCUCGCAACUUCCGUCGCCUAUCUCAUCAUGGAUUCGGCCUUCCGUCCCAGGUCCGAAAUUGGACCGGUCGCCCGAUUGUCCCUCAACAUCCGCCCGUUGGGCGAAUUGGUGGACAUGUACAAGGACCGCAAGGCGACGGAUCUUCGCGACAAGGUUUAUGCCCUCCUGGGCAUGAGCUCGGACGAUCCGGGCGCGGCAGGGCUUUCCGCUAGCUACGCGAUCUCAUGGCAGGACGUCUUCCGGGACGCUGUGCACUUCUGCCUCUCUUAUCAGGCAUCUGUCAUCACCUGGGAUGGGAAGGAGGUGGCAGUCGUGGAAGCCGACGGCCGCUUUCUGGGUAAAGUGAUUUCGGCGCACACCGACAAACAACACGUCCGGAUCACUUGGAGGAAUAUGCCCAUGUCCAACCAAGACGGCCAAGGGGAGUUAACCCCAUCUGAUUUAACCUUCCGGGCGUCAGCCAUAACCGUCAAGAAAGGAGAUUUUGUGUGUCUCCUCAAAGGUGCAUCAUCCCCCACAAUUAUCAGGCUACGCGAUGGCUAUUCAGUCAUCAUCUUAUCGGCAGUUCCACGGACAAGCAUGUCGCCGCAGUGGGCAGAUUCCAUAACGAGCUUCCCAACCAGAUUUCUGUUGGUCUGGGAUUGGGGGGGAUCCGAGGAGAAGCCAGCCGAAUGCUAUAGGGACUACCUCAACAACCGAGGGGUGCCCGGAUGCUCGAUUGCGGGGUGCAUGUGCUCGCAUUUCCUGGACAUGGCUGUGAAAUGCUGGGACGUUUAUCUACUGCUAAGCACGUUGAGGCAGUAUGAAGAGGCAACGAAGCAUCUGAAGAAGGCGAUAUACAUUUACGAUAUCGGAGCAGCGGCGAGGAAGGUGAACGACACGGGCGGCCAGGAGCACAUCCGCUCGAGACAGGAGGACGAAAAGGCACUGAACGCAAUUGACGAGCUCCUUGUCAGUGGCGAAAGCGCCACUAUCAAAAUCAGAAGCGAAAGGGCUUGCCUGAGCCUACCGCACUGGGCUUUCGGGUGUGGCCACGAGGUACUCGGACGGCUGCUGAUCGAGAACAACGUCAACAUUGAGACGAGGGACAUAGCUGGCGAAACGCCUCUGCAGUGGGCCGUCAGAAAUGGGGCCGAGGCGCUUGUCCGGCUGCUGAUCGAGAACGGUGCCGAUGCCGGGCCUUGCGACCUGGAGGAACGAACGAUGCUGCAUCUUGCGACGCACCAUGGCCACGCCGAGAUCAUAAAGCUGCUGGUCGUGGAAGAGGGCUCCGACAAGGAACGCGGGGAUGGACAUGGGCAGAGGCCAUUGCAUUAUGCCGCGCAGCGUGGGGAUGUGGCCCUCGUAAGGCUGCUGGCCGUCGAGCUUGGUGCUGACAAGGAGGCCCAAAACUCCAAAGGGAAGACACCGCUGCACUCUGCGGCGGCGAACGGCCACGUGGACGUCGUGAGAGUGCUCGUUGAGCUCGGUGCGAACAAAGAGGCCCAAGACUGUCAACGGAAGACGCCGCUACACUCGGCCGCGGCACGUGGCCACGUGGGCGCGGUGAGAGCGCUUGCUGAGCUCGGUGCCAACAAACGGGCCCAAGAUUACAAUGAGGAGACACCGCUACACCUCGCGGCGGAGCACGGUCAUACCGAAGUUAUGAGGGUGCUCGCCUUGUUUAGAGCCAAAGAGCGUGCCAGGAAUAACAAUUGAAACACGCCGCUACGUUGUGCGGGAGAGCGCGGCCACGCGGACGUGGUGAGAGUGCUAAUAGGAACGUACAGAACACCACUGGCUUUGGCGGAGUAGAAGUUCAACACAGUCAUGAUAGAUCUUCUCAAUAUGUAGGUAGGUAGGUAGUUGUGGAACAUUAGGUGAGGUGAUCGCUAUACGAGUCACCUCGACUGAUUGCAACGCCUUAGCGCGCUCUGGGCCACUACUUAUUAUAUCACGCCGUGAUUCUAUCGUCCAAAUAAUGGGACUGGCCUGCCUACG